AUUGACAUUUGACAGGUCUAUGGUACUUACCGAUAAAAAAAUUAUCAAACUUGCUGUUUGACAAAUAAAAUUGUGAGAUUUAAUAGCUUAUUUAACUCGCUUAAACCUAAUUUUAUGAAUUAAAAGUAUGUAGGUACAUUAUGUAUCAAGAAUUUUUAUAAGUUAACUUUUAAUCAGCGAUUAAGAUUUGCUUGGUUUAAGUAAGAUUAUUACUUUAAUAUUAAAUCGAAUUAGCAAAUAUUAUCUCAAAAAUCACAAAAAAUAUCCCAAUAACCAUGAAAUAGCCAGUGAAAAUCACAUUACUAGGGCAUAAAAUAAAAAAACAAAUAUUCACUAUGUCGGACGCUUGGGAGGAAAUACAAGCUGUAAAAAGCAAAAGGAAAAGUUUCCGUGAAAAGUUGGAGAAACGAAAAAAGGAACGCCAAAGUAUCUUGAGCUCUAGUUUGGUCAGUGGCGAGAAAUCUGAUGCCUCUCCUAAUAAAGAUCGAUCACUUGGUAGCCCGGCUUCAAAAUCAGAAGCUUCAACUUUGCAAGAAAAGUCAAAACCAAUCGUUCCACCAGCAUCAUUGGAAGUGCGUCUAUUACAAGUUCUAUCAGAUAUGCAAUUGCAGUUACCUGCUACUGCCAGUGCUCUGCUACCAGGACUUGGAGAUGUGGACACGGAGAUUGUAGCAAACCUGUUACAGAAGUUUGCAACACAGAAGUUGAUCACUAUAAGAGAAAAAACUGAAGUAACAACAGAUGCUGACGUUGAGGUAGUGAGUGCAGAGUCAGGGAGGCUUGCGGCCGUUCUUGCAGCUCUGAUGGAAGAAGAAACCACGACAACUAGCAACAAAAGAAAAGGUGAGAGUCCCAUUGAAGAUACAUCAAUUACAAAAGCUCCUAAGAUGUCCACCGAGGAAAAGAAGUCUGGCAAGAGCGACACAGAUAUUAUGUCCCUCCUAGCGAUGCCUUCAAGUAGAGAGAAAGCAGUGAAGAGAGUCGGUGAGGAAAUAAUGGAUUUAUUGAGCAAGCCCACAGCUAAAGAGAGGUCCUUAGCUGACAAAUUCAAAAGCCAAGGAGGUGCUCAAGUAAUGGAGUUCUGUCCGCACGGUACCAGAGCGGAGUGCGGUAGAGCUAUCAGCCCUAACAGUGCACAAGACGGUACCACCAACACCUGCAAAAAGUUACAUUUCAAAAAGAUCAUACAGGGUCACACCGACGAAACCUUGGGUGACUGUUCAUUCCUGAACACGUGCUUUCAUAUGGACAGCUGCAAGUACGUUCAUUACGAAGUCGACAACACCGAUCCAAAUGCGAACACUAAGUCAGUGGAGGCGCUGACGAAGUCUGUGCAAAAUGGUACAAGUUCGAUAUCGAAGUGCUUGAAUACAGACGGUGUUUUGACUCUGACGCCUCCGCAGUGGAUACAGUGCGACCUUAGAUAUUUGGACAUGACGUUCUUAGGUAAAUUCGCCGUGAUAAUGGCUGACCCGCCUUGGGAUAUCCAUAUGGAGCUGCCCUAUGGCACUAUGUCGGACGACGAGAUGCGGUGCCUCGGAAUACCGCAACUGCAGGACAGCGGCCUCAUAUUCCUGUGGGUCACGGGCAGAGCGAUGGAAUUGGGUCGCGAAUGCCUCAAGCUGUGGGGCUACGAGCGCGUCGACGAGCUGAUAUGGGUGAAGACGAAUCAACUGCAACGCAUCAUCAGAACCGGCCGGACCGGGCACUGGCUGAACCACGGGAAAGAACAUUGUCUUGUUGGCAUGAAAGGCAGCCCUGAGAAUUUGAAUCGGGGUCUGGACUGUGACGUCAUCGUAGCCGAAGUUAGGGCGACUUCACACAAACCCGACGAGAUAUACGGCAUUAUCGAGAGGCUCAGUCCGGGUACAAGGAAGAUCGAAUUAUUCGGUCGCCCACAUAACGUUCAACCGAAUUGGAUAACUCUGGGGAACCAGGUGGACGGCGUGAACCUUGUGGAUCCGGACCUGAUAGUCGCCUUCAAGAAACGUUAUCCGGACGGCAACUGCAUGGCGCCGCCGCCGCCAGACCCGGGACUCACUUAGCAUCGCUCCGUUCUUAUUUUAUUGCUAAAAAACUUUAACUCGAUCAAGGUCAUCUGUGGCUCGCUAAGUACACUAAUGGAAAAUAUCCCAAGCACCGGUCAUCGUUCUAAACUAACCCUACAGACACAGCCCACUGAGUUUCUCGUCGGAUCUUCUCAGUGGGUCGCGUUUCCGAUCCGGUGCUAGAUUCUGCGAAGCACUGCUCUCGCUAGAGUUCGUCUUAGCAACAACGUCAGAUUUGCAACGUUACGCUGACAUAGCCUCUCAAGGCUAUCAGCUCAGGCAGGAAAAAAAAUAGUUAGAAAAACUACCGAAAAAACAGUAUUUGGUAAGUUAAAAAUUUUUUUUGAAUUUUGUACAUAAUAAUAUCAUUUUUAUUUAAUCAGGAAUUGUGUGCACUUUUUGUAGUCUCGUAUUUUCGGUGCCCGUAACACAGGAGAAAAUUUUCAUUUGAGUCAGUUGCAUGCGAUUAAUAAUUUCAGUAGAUAGUAUUUUUUGUUUAGAUACUAAAGGAUUAGGCCGUUCGGUGUUUGACAUAAUAAUUUGUUUCAUAAGUCACUUACACUCUGCAUUGAAACAUUGUUAGCAACAACGUCAGGUUUGAGCCCCGUGAGCUCACCUACUCGCCCGAUGACGCGGAUAUGUGUAUAUGGUAGGACCUCUUGUGAGUCCGCGCGGGUGGGUACCACCACCCCGCCUAUUUCUGCCGUGAAGCAGUAAUGCGGUUCGGUUUGAAGGGUGGGGCAGCCGUUGUAACUAUACUUAAGACCUGAAAACUUGUAUCUCAAGGUGGGUGGCGCAUUUACGUUGUGAAUGUCUAUGGGCUCCAGUAACCACUUAACACCAGGUGGGCUGUGAGCUCGUCUGCCCAUCUAAGCAAUAAAAAAAAAUUAGCUAUAGUCGGGACCAUAAGAAAACUACAUGAAAAUAAACACGUAUUGAUAUCAAAAUCUCUUGCGUUAAAUAGGUCCGACUCGUUUCAGUGUGCUUAGUGCGAGUUUUUUAACGUUCUCGAUAGCGUAAAAGUUAACUCAAUGAGUUGGAACGUUUGGCUACGUUUGCCGCUAGGGGCGCUGUUCCAACUGCAUACAAAAUUGAGUUAACUUUUACGCUAUCCAGAACGUUAACAAACUCGCACUUAGCAUACUGGUAUCUCGAAGUAAUUUAAAAAAAAAAACCUUUUUUAUUAGGUUUAUUUUUUUCAAUUCAUCAUCGUCAUUCUUUCCUAUUACCCUCUGCUGGGGUGUAGGGCUCGAAUCAAAUUUUUCCAUUUAUAUCGGUCUUGGGCAGUCUGUUCUAGCUCCUCCCACGUCAUGCCCAAGACCCCUAGCUCCUGCUCCACCGAGCGACGCCAAGUUGUUCUGGGGCGGCCUCUUUUUUUUUCAAUUAGAUUAAAAUAUUUCGAGCAAAACUAAACGUGUACGAAAGCAACCUUAUAAACGAUGCAUUUUUAGUAUUACACAGUAUACAUAUAGGAAUUUUUAAUAAUCUGUCGCUAAUAUUACAUUAGGGAUGUUUGAAUGACCUUGACUUCAAAAACAAUGACGUUCAUGUAUUUAUAAUUGUAGGUGUUCCAUUAAAUACUAUUUUUGUACAUAAAAACUUAUUUUAUUGACGGUAUGUAGGUACCUAUGCAUUUUUUUAUUAUUGUAAAUAAAUAAAACUUAUAUACAAUUGUAAAA